UCACUGUGAACUUAUCAUGAAGCGUCCAGACACGCUGUAUUUCUCUUCAUGACAGCAGGAGAUAAAGUUUCACAGUAAAUGACACUAAAUGCCAAAUCAGCGUUUUUCGCUGACGUCAGACUGACAGGUGUACCCGGCGAGCGCCGUCAGCUGUGCUGUGACGUAGUUCCGUCUGUCAUGACUCUCCGCUUAAUGUCCAAACUCCUUUUUCUGCAUUACCCUGAAUUAAUUAAUCGUUAAUGUGCUUUUUUACUUUGUUUAAAACUUCAGUAAUAAUUCUGUUAUUUUCUAACUUCUCUAGCGCGCCUCUGGCUCGCCGUAGCGCUCUCUAAACCGGCGGAACUUCUCCGUUUUCCCCGUUUUCUCCGUUCGGUCAGGAUGAUGUAGCUUCCGGGCGACAGGGUACCAGCAGUAAACAUGGCGGAGGAACUGCUGGAAACAGUGGAUAGACUUCAGGCUCGGCUCCGGGAGAAUCCGGAGCCUCGAAAGCUACUGAAGACGUUCAAAAGACUGGGGGAACUUCCCAUGACUGUGGACAUACUGGUGGAAACUGGAGUGGGGAAGACUGUGAAUUCUUUCAGGAAACACGACGUAGCCGGAGAGGUGGCAAAGGGCCUCGUCGCAAAAUGGAAGAAACUGGUUCCUCAGUCUGCAGACAGACCUCCCAACAGUCACGUCAAAGAAGCUCCACGGUCACACUCUCGAGGCCUGGAGGUAGUCGGUGGAGGAGGAGGAGGAGGCCACAGACGUGCCCGCGAGCCCUCUCCUGACGAAGAGCCCUCCUACAUGGAGGAGGAGGAGGAAGUGGAGGACGAGGAGAGAGGCUAUCACACGAACUACUCGCCCUCACCUCCUCAACACGAGCAGUACAGCCCUCCGCGGCGAGGAGGCUACCAGUCAGACGAGUACGAGAGCCCCGAACCCGAACCUGAGCCAGAGCCUGAACCUGAACCUGAACCUAGUCCCCCGCCCCCUCGCAAAGAGGUCCGCCACAUCAAACCAAACAAAGAACCCAACAAAAACCAUCAUCAUGGUUCCCACGGCGACAGAAACAGGGACAGAGAUGAGGAAAGGCGGCAACGGCAUGCACAGAUGAGCAGUGACCGAGGAGGAGGAGGAGGAGGAGGAGGAGGAGGAGGUGGUGAGGGGAAGAAACACAGUGCAGACAGAGAGAGAGCGCAGAGUCCAGUACAGAAGUCUGCAAAGCACAGCAGGAAGUCUGGCACACAUGACAGUAAAAGGGAGGAGAAGAAGAAAGGAGGAGAUGACGGGCGACUGCGGGCGCCGAAGGACUCUCCAUCCAAGGAGGAGGAGGAAGACUACGAGACUCCCACCAUGUCCUUUGAGUCUUUUCUCACAUAUGACGCCCCGACGCCUGUGAAGAAGAAGAAGAAGCAGCCAUCGUCAUCGUCGUCGUCAUCCCUGUCACACAGUCGACCGUCUCACUCUUCAUCCUCCGCGUCGUCCACCUAUCGUGCACGCACCCCUCCGCCUGCGCCCUCCUCUUCCUCCUCCUCCUCCAAAGCGAGCAAAGCUAACGGCACUCAGAGCACCAAGAGGUCUCAUUCAGCUGCAGCAACACCAGAGAAACCAGAGAAACCAGAGAAACGCAAGAGGGUGGUCGAGGCCAUUCCGACUCUUCCUGAAAUCCCUCUGCCAGCGAUCCAACCCAACUACAGACCUCUGCCCUCCAUCGACGUCACACCGCUGUCCCCUCAGAGACGGAAAGUUCCUAUCUGUAAUGAUGAGGAGGAUGCCGGCUUCACGGGGAAGCGAUUCAACUCUAAGAUGGUGGUCUACUCCGGAUCCAAGACCUCUUACCUGCCCAAGAUGAUGACUUUGUACGAGCAGUGCAUCCGCGUGCUGCAGAACAACAUCGACUCCAUCGCCGAGGUGGGUGGAGUGCCGUUUGAGAUCCUGGAACCAGUGCUGGAGCGAUGUACACCAGAGCAGCUGUAUCGCAUCGAGCAGAGCAACCAGUGGUUUACGGAGGAAUCUGACGAGCUGUGGAUGCGUCACUGUCAGCGAGACUUUAAGCGAGAGUCUCCUCAGGAGUACGAGUCAUGGAGGGAGAUGUAUCUCAGGCUGCACGACGAGCGCGAGGAGCGACUGAGGCUGCUCACCCAGAACAUUUCCUCCGCUCACGCCAACAAGCCAAAAGGACGACAGGUUAAAAUGGCGUUUGUGAAUUCUGUCGCCAAACCGCCGCGUGACGUGCGCCGCCGCCAGGAGAAAUUUGGGACCACGAGCGCAUCAUCUGCAGCCUCCACCGCGGCUGCAGCUCCCAUCAAAAUAAGGCCAGCCACAGACUAUUCUGGUGAAUCAAGCCGCUCCUCUUCCUCCCACUAUAACCCUCCUUCUAGCUCGUCUCGCCCCUCAGCACCAGGAGGACCUGGAGGAGGAGCUGGAGGAGGACAUGCCGCCCGGGACAAGCCACAGGUCAAAAAAAUCGCCCCCAUGAUGGCCAAAACUAUCAAAGCUUUCAAGAACAGAUUCUCCCGCCGAUAGUGUGAAAGAGACUUGAUGUAUUUUAUGAAUUCCAACUGUGUUUUUAAUUUAAGUCAAGAAAAAUUCUUACUGGAGGACCCCUUCAUCCCUACACACACACACAAACACACACACACCAACCAUCAUUACCCACCAGACAUAUCAAAUGAUCUUUUCAGUAUUGGUGGAAAAAUGUUGUGUUUUUUUUUGUUGUUUUUUUAAUUUAAUGGUGGCAUUUGUUUUUGGCGCCUUUUAAAUUAAGUAUUUAAAUCAUGAAUGACGCUCAGUGGGUGUGACCUGUGUGACGAAAAAUCCUGUCACCAACUUUUUACAAGAUGCAAAGGACACCCAAACACACACACACACACACACACACACAGUCUGUUACUUUUUCUUGUUUUGUAGCGGAUGUUUUCAAAAGGAAUUGCUUGAACUUUUGGGAAAUGCGCUAAUUUGCUUUCUUGCUGAGAGCUAGAUAAGAACAUAGAUACCAUUCUCACGUCUUUACACUAAACUACUCAGCGCCCCUUUAAAACAUGCUGUUUGGCACAGACUAUCUGGCGAUGUGAGGCGUCUACAGAUCCAGUCUGAAUCUGUUUAACAAGCCAGAGAGGCUGACGGUGCCACCAAGCAGCAAGCUGUUGCAUGACACUAAUCUCCAUUUUGUUUACAUCUGCUUCCCCAUGAGAUCACAUGAGAGGGAUCACAUGUUCAAACUGUAUUAACACUGAGCAUGUCCCUUGUCGAAAUUGCUCCAAUUUAGACUCUGCUCUACUGUGGGUCCUCAGCAACAAACCUGCCAAGUGUGAACUAGAUCGUAAGAACGGUUCUAGAGAUAUGCAAUAGACAGACGGAUAGAGAUUCCCCGUUGUAUAGCCAGAUGAAGCUAAAGGCAGUUAGCUUUGUUUAUUAUACCGUUGAGAUGAAAAUGAGGGGGAAACAGCUAGCGUGGCUCUGUCCCAAAUAAAACAUUUACCCCUACCAGCACUUCUAAAGCUCACAAAAUAUCAGCCUUUUUUUUUUUGCUUAAAAGGCGUUAAAAGUUCAUAUUGAUCACUUUUUUAUGUAGACAAAUCAUUUCAAAAUAUAUAAUACAUACAAGCUUGUAAGAGGGUGCAGAAUAGAAAUCUCUCUCCUCUUUUAAAACAUGACUGAUUGUGAAUUGAUCAUUUUAAAAUGUCUGUCGGAUCCAAAGUGAUUGUUUUGUUUAUCUCUGUGUCAGAAGUCUAGCAUUGGUUUCCAGCUUCUAACAGGUUUUUGAGCCAGUAGUAUAACGCUGUUGGUAUCAUUUGGUGUCUGUGUUUCGUUAGGGACUUGCAGUCUUGGUAGUUGCCAGUUUGUGCAAUAAAACCCAACAUGGUUACAUGAUGUGGCCGGCAUGCUGUACCACAAACUGACAGUGAUGAAACACAGAUACCACAAGAUGCCAUCUCCUGUUUGCUAUUUGCUCACAAACCUUGUUGGUGCUGGAACCAACCAGAAUGCUUACACAGAGAUAAACAAAACAAUCCUUUUGGACCUGCCAAAAUAUUUUUAAUUAUUCAUUUAUGCAAUCAUAAUGAUGUUUUAAGGAACAGAGAUUUUAUUCAAUUUAUGUAGAUUUAGUAUUUGUUUGAAAUGACUUGUCUGCAUAAAAAUAUCAGUUUGACCUUCAGGUGUUGUGCUGAGAACUAUUUCCUGGUUGGGACCGGUUGCCCAGCAACCUGUGAAGACACCAGGAGGUUACUAGUUUACGACUGAAGAUUAGGUUUAAUAGUUUCCCCCCUAACCUCCUGGGAAAUGCAGUACUGUUAUUUUUAUUAAUCAGAUGAGACACGUCCUGUUAAUGGGUGAGCUAGCAGGCUAUCCCUUUUCUUGUUUCUAGUCUUGAUGCUAAGCUAAGCUAACCAGCUGCUGGAUGAAGCAUCAUGGUUAUGGUCCAGACGUGAGAGUGGUAUCGAUCCUCUCGUUUCACUCUCAGCAAGAAAGCAAAAAUGGCCCGUUUCCCAGUAUAUAUCGGUUUUUGCCUCCAUGGGACACAAAAACAGAAUCAUUCUUUUGGUUUAAAGAAUAGUUGUUUGUUACUUUCCUUCUUGAUCAGAUGAUGAAACAUAAUGACACUACUUGAGGAAAAACCCUGCCACGCUUUUGUUUUAUCUUUUAAUGGCAUGCAUGGCGCAAGUCAGCCGACUCCACCAGAGACAUCGACUGGCUGGUUAAAGACUCAGCUUUUAAAAUCCAACAAACAAACAUGAUAUCAGUGAGCCACACACACACACACACACACACACACACAUACACAUUGUAGACUUAUUUGAACCCUCCUGUGGCUUGAGUCAUGUUUUCCUGCUGUUGAAUGUGUGUGUGUCCCUGUUUAUAUCUGCUUCCCUGUGACAAAUGGCUUGAGCGAGGGCUGAGAAGACUGAGGGAAUAACAGUCUGGAAGGAAGUUGAUAGGACAUCCGCACAGCUUCAGUCGACAACAAUGAUGAGAUGUAUUUAUUUUCAACGCUGGGACCUGGUACCCCACAACAUGGGCCUGAAAGGAAGUAGAUUUCAAAUUGUAAUUUUAUUAGAUUUUAAUAAAUGUUAUAUGGUCAUUUUUAUUAAAAUUGACUUUUUUCCCUUAA